ACGUCAAAACAAAACCACGCGCUUGCUCACAAGGAUCUUCUACGCAGGCCAUUGUCGAAGAAAUCAUUGUGACUGUUCUUUUUAUUUCGGCAUAAAAAUGGCCCAGGGUAAACUAAAGGUGAAAAGCAAGCUCCCUUCAGGCGCUAAACAGAAGAAAGGCAAAGGAAAGGCCAUCACUAAGCGAAGCAACGCCCCGGCGAAAAGCAAAGCUCCUGCAGUUGAAAGGAACAAGAUGAAAGCUAACGUUACCAAGAUGGUGAACGCAGCAGCCGAGAAGCAGCUCCGGUCCCUGGCCACUGAUACCCCACAGCUGUCAGCCGCACAACAGCGAGUAGCGUCUGCCCCAACUGCCCCCGCACCCGCCAAAUGACAAAACAACAUCCUCUCUUUUGACUACACGACCUUUGGCGCUACAAUGAUCAUAUUCCAAUUUGCAAUCACGAUCUUCCACUCUUUCUUGCGUGUCAUCUUCUCCAAAUGCAACAAGAGUGCAGUGGUACACGACAACGAACUGUAAAGCGAAUUGUUUUUUGUUUGCUUUUAGGUUAGGUUAUUUUUAAAUAAACAUUAUUCAACGUAAUAGCUACUUAAAUGUCUUGAAAUGUUACACAAAAUAAUCGGCUUAUCGGUGUUACAUGUUGCAUUAGCCGUAUGGAAUAUAAUCUGCAAAGAAAAAUAACAAAAAAAUAAUAGGUUUUAGUAGUUUCAUCGAUGUAUUCAAAAUCUGAAUGUCAUUUUAAUGGUAAAUGUUAGUUGCACAGAAAUAGGUAGCAAAUAUCUUGUUUUCUCCUAACCUAUUUAAACUGUCUUUCUUUAGGAGUUAUGUUUUAAAAUCAACCUAUCAUAUCUAUCGAAGAGUUAUCUAUCUGUGCCUACCUGUUGAUUUGUAAGAUGAACACGAAUUAUAAUUAUAUUUAUCUCUCAGAGUUACUGUUUAAAGCUUAUGAUAUUAAGUUUGCUGACUGCUGAUAGAUAUGUGUAUGAAAUUAUUGAUAUUUAUUGACUGUUUUAUUGUAGGUGUUUGAGCUGUAAUUGUAGUAACUAGAAGCUGAAACGUGAUAAUUUGUAUAGAAUUUUUUAAUAACUUUUUUUUAAAAGAAACCUCCAUGUUAACAUGGGUACUCAGUUCAUCUUGCGAUGGAUGUACCUCUGACUAACAGUUCGGAAAAUAAUUAUCAGCUUAUGUUGUGUUUCUUCUAAUCAUAUUAUCCCCUGUUGUGAUGUAAGGCUCCAACAACCGAUUUCCACUCCUCGUGACACAUUAUACUUUUAAAAUAUUUGUUUUUUAAUUUUGUGCUAUGGUUUGGAUUCUACUAUUCUUCUGCUUAAUUUUUUUUUUAAUUAUGAUUAAUAAGUAAGAGACACUUUCUGCCUCGGAUUUCACUAAACUGUAGGACUGUAAUGAUGACAGUAAUAAUGAAGGGUCAAAGAUAAAUUAUAAAAUGCUAAUCUAGAAAUAGAAGCCAGGCUAACAUGGUCUAAAAUCAAUAUCAUUAUUCUGCUUGGCUUCUUUUCGAAAUUUAACUUUCAAUUAAAUAACAAUAAGUACGAGUUCUGACUGCUUUUAUUGAUGAUGUCACAAAACAGAUUUCCAUACAAAUUCCGUAGAAAUUUUCGUUUAAAUGUUUCGUGAAAAAUAUCUCAUUUUACUAAGUUGUCAAAUAGUUAUUUUUUAAUUGUAGUUAGUUUUAGUCUUUAUGCAAAGCUUCAAGGCAAGUUAGGCAUUUAAAUAUACUAUUUUAUUUAACUGCUUACUGACAAUUUUAUGUGAAUUAAAAUUUACUAUUUUAAUUAACAAUUUUACAAUACAAUACAAAUAUACUUUAUUACACCAAAAUAAAUGAAAUUAUUUACAAAAGACUUAACUAGGUACAAGGCAAGUGGCGGCCUUAUCGCUUAAAGCGAUUUCUUCCAGACAACCAUAAGGCGAGGAAAUAUGUAGGUAGAAAAUUUAAAGAUUUUAUGAUAUAUAUUUAAUAGUUUUUCAGUUUUUGCUUUCUAGUCACUAAAGUUACAGCUUUUUAACAUUCUUAACGAUUAAGAACUAAAUGUAAAUAAACUUAUCAAUGUGAUUAAAAAAUAUACCUACUAAAUAAAUA